AUGAAUCAAAAAGAGCCCUCUGUCGAUCAGGACAGUACAUGCGACUCCUCUGACUUCCACGACGCCCUUAGCAGUAUUAGUGACAACCAAGACUCAUUAUUUGAUAUCUUCGCUAUAAAGAAGUGUCAGAAAAAAGUCACAGGCCAUUGUAAUGCCGCCGGCUUACAAGUUGGGUCAUGUGCAUUGGAAGGUACAUUAAAAGUGCCUUUCAAGGCGGCUGAGGUCAUCAAAAGCGUGAGAUAUUCUUAUGCAAUGACAUCGAUAAACAAUACAUCCAUCGUGCAAUAUCACAUCGCCAUCAGCAUGGGGCAGCUUCUAUGCCCGCAUUGUAGCAAGAAGUUCAAGACCCAAGGCUUCAAGAAGCACGAAACAAGCUGCAAGAAGCAGAAGGACACCAAGGCGGAACAAGCGGAGUUCGCCAUUCAAUAUGCACGAGAUCAGAAAAGAGCUCGGCAGCAGGCUCACACUGACAUGGGCAUGAUAACGCCCCCUAGCGCUGGCCCAUCGCGAUCAGUUGCUGGGAUUCAGAAUGCGCCCCCUGCAAUCAGGGAUCAUAGUCCUCUAGCAGAUAACCUGGACGCUGGUGAUUUCGAAGCCUACAAUGGGAACUACAAUGGGAACCUCAAAGGUGCUGGUAGCCUAGCCAACAGCCAGGGACAUUCUGUUGAACCGCAACCUGCAAUACCUCCUCCACAGCCCAUGGAAUUCAAAACGAUGUAUCAUCCUUCUGCUGGUCGUGAACCACUCCUUCAAACAUUUGAGGAGUUCGGCGUCAAUUCGCAUCCUGAGGAAGAGCUCCCUGUAGAUGAAGAGCCCUGGCGUCCUUUCUGUUCCCGCGGCGACUUCGAGUUUGCGGAGAUCGCACUCAAUGCCGCACUCAAUAAAUCACAAAUUAAUGUGCUCCUUGCGCUCAUUGGUCGCAUAUUGAGAGGAGAGAGCCGGGUAACUUUUUCAAAUGAUAAUGAGCUGCGCAAAGCUUGGGAACACGCAGCUGCUCAGGUGACGCCGUUUGUAAAACACGACAUCACCGUUCCUUACAAAAAAGAACAACGAGUGUAUGAGACUCACGCGCUGCCUCUGUGGGACUGGGCUCUUGAUUUGUUAGCUAAUCCGCUGCUUGCUCCGCAUUUUGUCUGGGAUGCACAACGAGUUUUCAAGCACAACGGCAGGGAGUUUGAACGCUUUUACAACGAGCCUUGGAUGGCAUCAACAAAUCAGAGUCGCCUUCCAAGUGACAUUAAGGCCGCUCCAUUCUGCUUCAUCCUGUAUGCGGACAAGACAAGACUGUCGUCCCACGGUACAGUAAAGGGAUAUCCUGUCGUGGUCCGUUGCGCGAAUUUGCCAGUUGGCAUACGGAACGGAGAGGGCAUCGGCGGUGGCCGUGUUGUCGGGUGGUUGCCAAUCUUGCAGGUAUCUGAAGAUGCAGACGAAGAAGGCUGUUAA